UUCGAUCGCGCCGAGCGGAGCAGACACUGCCCCGGUCUUCAGAGCAGACGAUAUUGAGCUGGAGCUUGAAGCAGACUAUUUUCGGUUCUCCACUUAUCGUUUCCAUUCUUGGAGCCUGCUUACAAGGUAGGAGCAUCCUAACGCCGCUCCGCGCAACAUACCAUCUCGAGCUGAACCGCUAGUGCACUUGCAGAAAAUCUCAAGACCAUCUGCGGCAUCCUCUUUCCGAGAAGACGACGUGCGAAAACAACAUGGCGCUGUUCCCGCUGCUGAACCGCAACCUGUGCGGAGGCUCGGAGCUGGCGAGACGUCUCUUCGACGACGACUUCGGCAGUUCUUUCCUCGACGGCGAGCUGUUCGACCCUCCUUUCUACCACCAGCGGUUCUACAUCCAGCCCAGACAUCAGGGGCCCUCGAACAGCGUCUGCCCCAAACAGCAGGGCACCUCUGUCGCCUGCACGCCCGACAAGUUCGCCAUCCGCGUCGACACCCGGCACUUCACGCCCGAAGAGAUCGAGGUCAAGACGCAAGACAAUUGCGUCGUAAUUCACGGCAAGCACGAAGAGAAGUCCGACGACCGCGGCUGCUACGUCAAACGCGAGUUCACCCGCCGCUACGUCCUUCCCGAAGACGUUGAUCCCCAGGCCAUCAAGUGUCACCUGACUCAGGGUGGCCUCCUGGCCUUGGAGGCUCCACGCAAGAACCCCAAGAAGGAGGAGCCUAAGACGAUUCCCAUCGACGUCAAGCACGAAGGCAAGAAGGCCUAAAGAAAUGGGGGAUGGUGGGGGCGGAACGUAGUUGAAGUUGUAAUAUUGUAGCUCUAUAUAUGUUGGUUGUAUACUAAUCACCUCUUGGGAAGACAGACAUGCGAGAACUCGCUCCGUGACGGAUGACAACCUCGUCAAGUCCUUCAUUAAGUUCCCCAGAGGGUACCGAUCGAGCUGGUUAGGCUUAACCUUCCGCACGUGUAGAUGUGCCAACGUUCGAUGUUUACAAAAACGCGUGGUAGGUGGAACACCUGAUGGAAUCCCUCCGUACAUAUAUGUCUCGGGGGUAGCCGAUCCGCUUGGCGUAUUUCCUUGUUGAGAAUUGAUGGCAAUCUGUGAUGAUACUGCGUAUACGAUAUGCGAGAAUAUAUGAAACGUGAACAAAAGUGGAUGGUAUAUCAAAAAUGUGACCGAUACGUGUUAGGCGCGGGGCAUAUUGCUAUAGCACUGGUACGCCUGCAUCGCGCGUCGGCGAUCGAGAUUCCAGACGAGAGUCGUCUGUUAUGAAAACUUAUCGAUCUGCGCGCAGGGCGCCGCUGUACGCGUGACCUUUAGGAAAUAGUGGGGACGUGCCGCACGGGUUAACGGUAUUUGAGUGUGUUACUAUUUAUAGUACUCUUAUGUAUACUGUUAUGGAGCGCACCGCCUGGGAUGCUUUAUUUGAAGCAGCGCUCCCGUACGCUAUUGGCCGUCGUUUCACGUACGUACCAUUUCUCUCAGUUCUUUACUUUUCUUUCUUUAUUUUUCGAUUUCUCACCGCAAUCUGCGCACACUUUCAAAAAGCGCUGCGUCAAAUCGGUCAUGAAUAUAUUUACAUUGAUCGCUACGUCCCAAGUCAAACUGCCUAAAGAGAUCUGUGAUAUGGGGAGCUGUUUGAUAUAAGAAAUAAAUGGUGUUGAGGGGAGGACAUACGAAUUGAAGAAGCUGAACCUCUAGGCCCUAUAGAUGUCGCCAUAUAUACGAGUACAAAUUGAGGUAGACUGAAUAGUGUGUUCAUGUAUGGAAUGAUCGUCACUUACUGUUCCAAUUAGACGGGACAUGUGACAUUUUGAGAGAAAAAAAGAUAGAAGGCACCCGCAUCCCUAGGAUUAGAUGCAGGUCUGCUACUCAGGCUAGGUUAGUGUGUCAGUGAAUUCUAAACUGUCCUUUACAGCACAUAUUUUACACAAAGCCCUUAGCACUGAUUUUUUAGUGUGAGGGCCCAAGCGCGUGUGAUAGGAGGAACGUUGAAGCUCAAUAUACCAAUGGCGCCGGAGGUCGUUCAUGAACCGCGCGGUUUGCGAUAAAAUUUCGAAUGUGUAGCAUAUAUUUCGGUAAUGCGGAUGUCGCAGCAGAAUCGGGACUCUGUAAUUCUCCUGACAUAUACUAAGGCAUGUGCAAAUGAACCAGCUUUAUCACGUGUAUGUUAAUUAUAGUACUGAUACUAGGCGCAUACAUGGUUAGUCGACCGUUGACGUUGUUUUAGGCUAUAUCCAACGUUCGCAAAAAAAAAAAAAAAAAAAAUUAACGACUGACAAACAUUUAACUUCGCCGUCAGUCUCUCCAUAGCAGAUUACUAAUAUAAUCUCAGCAGAGGCCUCACCGUAGGUUCGCGGCCAGCAUGUCGCAUACGGGACGCAGAUGUCACGUGGUAUAUUCGCCACGUACAUACGUGGUCAUAUGAUUACGUUAUGAUGGUCACGUGACGCAUCACGCGGUCGUCGUGAGCUCACGUGAUGUGGCGACCGCAUGGUGACCGCGUAUUGAAUCAUGCGUUCGUUUGAUGACCACGUGAUGCAUCGGUGAGGUCAUGAUCACCACGUGGUAAUCAAGCAAGAGCACGUGUAGUAGCAGCGCGAAGAGUAAAAAAAAAAAAAAAAAUAGGUCACGGAGCGAGUUCCCUCACCUGUUUACUAUAGCCCUCUCAGCCAAGCAAUCGCCUGCGCCAAUUUACUCGCGUUGUACUGCCAGAGAAGAAAAAAAAAAAAGUAACCCCCUUGUUCGUGCACGAACGACCCUAUGAAGCCUAUCCAGGAACCAUAGACGUUUCUUGCACGUAAGACACUGAGUUCACGGGUGGCGGCCGGAUUUGUGCGGCAAGUACAAUGUUUGUUUCUUUGAGAUGGUGGCCAGACGCCGUUCUGGCCUUCUCCUGUGGUUAUGGGUCAAAUAAACGUCACUGCUGCCCA